AUGAACAAUUUGGAUAAGAGCCUUUUUCAAUUAAAAUUAACUGCGAAACAAUUAUCCCGUCAAGCAAAAAAGGCUAGUAAGGAUGAAACCUCCGAGAAAUCAAAACUUAAAAAGGCGAUCCAACAAGGAAACAUGGAGGGUUCGCGUAUAUAUGCCGCUAAUGCAAUUCGUAAAAAAAACGAAUCAUUAAAUUUGUUGAGAUUAUCCUCAAGAAUCGAUGCAGUAGCUAGUAGAGUUCAAACUGCUGUAACAAUGCAAAAGGUAACUGGAUCAAUGGCAAGUGUUGUUAAAGGUAUGGAUAAAGCUAUGGAGUCUAUGAAUUUAGAAAAGAUUUCAAUGGUCAUGGAUAAAUUUGAAUCACAAUUUGAGGAUAUUGACGUUCAAACACAAUAUAUGGAGGGUGCGAUGGGGAACACAACAACAAUGAGUACUCCACAAGAAGAAGUUGAUUUAUUAAUGCAACAAGUAGCUGAUGAACAUGGCCUUGAGCUAAAUCAACAACUUGGCGAGGCUACUCCUAGUUCAAUAAUUGCAGACAAAGAAAUCAAUGAAGAUGAGCAAUUAUCAGAGCGUCUAC